CAGCGAGCUUCUCAAAGCCUUUGCCUUUGUGUGGGGCCUCGCUAAAAUUCGCCGGAAAGAUCUCCAGACCGCCUUCGAGAUCUCCCGGGCGUUGGGAUGCGACCCUGUCAAACAGUCUUGAUUAAGCAGGCCAGAAGCGGUUUUUGUUGAGCAGUCAUUAGCAGCCAGGACUGUUUUGAUUUCGGGAAACGAGAAACCAGAGAAGAAAGAAACAGAAAAUUGAUGGGAAGAGGAAGUAGUUUUCCUGUCAGGUGUUGCAGUUUCGCUUUACCGUAGUUAAAGAAUACAAUUUAUACAUUGUUUCGUCCUGUGUACCUCAAUUUUCUUUUUGCUGUUGUAUUUCUCUCGAGUGUCAUAAAUUCGAGAGCACGGAACAGAUUGAUGACAAUUGAUUCCCAGCGGGAUCAUUCUGGUUUGCCGUCUUGAAUUGCGGCUCUUGAAAUUUUGUUGGAUCGGCUGAUCGUUUUAAUAAGUCGUGUAGUUUGCGCGGGGAUUUUGUUUUCUGACGGUGGUAUCUUUGAGCAGGGCUCGAAAAUCGAAUUUCCAGAGCAGAUCUGAUAGCCGGAGCUGGUGUUAUUUUCGCAAAUUCUCCAUAAUUCAUGUUGUCUCCUUCAAUUAUUGAAAAUUCUGUGAUAUCUGGUCGAAACUUUCUGAAUGAAAUAAAAGCUAUUAAGCUUCUGUUGGGCAAGUGUUUCUGUGACAUAAUAUCCAUUUACUCUAGAUCAUUCAGUUCACUUAGACGCACGAUAUUUUGCAGAGGGCUAGGGCAUUGUGGCAGCAGAUCUGAGAGCUGGAAGUAGGGCUGGUUUACGAAUUGCGUAGGUAAGUUCGUAGAUGUUAUUCCAGGUAAUGUGAUAGAAGAGCACAUACUUUCUACCUUACCUGAGCCUUCUAUGAAAUUAUUUUGAGUUUUUAGAUCGGAUAGCUGGGAGUGUUGCAGUUGGAUUCAUUGGGUUUUAUCCCAAUGUCGGGGUCACUUGAUGGACUUUCACAUGCAUGCAUGCACAAUGGAAUUGCUGAAGGCUUUAGGGUGGAGGCAGGAGGGUUGAAUCUUGGAUAUCACUUUGACUCUGAAGCUUCCUUGAUUCAAGAGGAAAGAAAAGAGAGAAAAUCAGAUGUUGAAAAUUCUGAAGAUGAGCGAAGAAAGACCAGAAUUGCAUCCCUUAAGAAAAGGGCAAUUAAUGCAUCCACAAAGUUCAGGCAUUCAUUAAAGAAAAAAGGAAGAAGGAAAAGUGAAAACAGGGUUUUAUCUGUUUCAAUUGAGGACAUACGGGAUGCAGAGGAGGAAAAAGUUGUUAAUGCUUUUAGAAAAAAACUGUUACAAAAAGGGCUGCUACCACCCCGACAUGAUGAUUAUCAUAUGAUGCUGAGAUUUUUGAAAGCAAGAAACUUUGAUAUUGAUAAAACAGUACAUAUGUGGGCAGAGAUGUUGCACUGGAGAGAAGAGUUUGGUGCUGAUACAAUUGAAGAGGAUUUUGAAUUUAAAGAGCUGGAAGAAGUUCUAUGCUACUAUCCCCAUGGAUAUCAUGGAGUUGACAAGGAGGGCAGACCAGUUUAUAUUGAGAGACUGGGAACAGCUGAUCCAAACAAGCUCAUGCGUGUCACCACUAUUGAACGAUACAUCAAGUACCAUGUGCAGGGGUUUGAGAAUGCUUUGAAAAAAAAAUUUCCUGCUUGUUCUAUAGCAGCUAAAAGACACAUAGAUUCAACAAUCACAAUAUUAGAUGUGCAAGGCGUGGGUUUGAAAAACUUUACCAAGAAUGCACGGGAUCUUAUUAUGCAAAUACAGAAAAUUGAUUCUAACAACUAUCCAGAGACCUUGCAUCGCAUGUACAUUGUCAAUGGUGGUCACAGUUUCAAAUUAGUCUGGAAUACUGUUAAGGGUUUUAUUGAUCCAAAGACAAGUUCUAAGAUACAUGUCUUGGGAAGUAAAUACCAGAGCAAGCUCUUGGAGGCUAUUGAUUCAAGCCAACUACCUGAAUUUUUGGGUGGUACAUGCACCUGUGCCGAUGAAGGGGGGUGUCUUAGGUCUGAUAAAGGACCUUGGAAGGAUCCAGCUAUAAUGAAGUUGGUUUUGAAUGGGGAGGCAAUAUUUGACAAACAAAUUGUGACUGUAACAGUUGAUGAAGGGAAAAUAUCUCCUGGUAAACAGCGCAAGGGUAGGGAUGGUGAUACUUCUACAGCAGAGUCAGGGUCAGAUGUUGAUGAUGUUAUCUCUCCUUUUAAGAAUGGAAAUGCUGGAUUUGCACGAUUAACUCCUGUUUAUGAAGAAGGGAAGAUGAGCUCACAAACAUCUUAUUUUGGGAGUGAGGAUAUUGUUCCAACAGUUGACAAGGAUGUUGAUGGAGGUUCAAAAGGGAAAGGAAGUGGAGAGAAAGGAGUACUUUCAAAAGACAACUUGCCCUUGGACACCGAUUGCGAAACUCCUGCAGAAAGUUCUAUUGGUGACACAACAGCAGUACUCAUGGCUUUCCUUCUAAAACUUGUAGCUUUCUUCCGUAUUUUCAAAACUGGUCUUCAGAGGGGACACAUCUCAGACAGAGAUCAUUCCUCACAUCUUGAGAGGACUAUGGGCCCAGCAAACAAGAAGAAAUCAGAAAGUAUUCCUGAACCAGAAGAUGCCAGAAUUGAUGUGUUGCCUUCGUUGUUUAUGCGUCUUGAGAAAAUGGAACAAGAUAUCGAUCAUUUCAAUACAAAAUCUAUGCAAAUUCCACCGGAAAAGGAAGAAAUGCUAUUUGAUACACUAAUUCGUAUGAAGAGGCUAGAAAAUGAGCUGGAAGGCACAAAGAAAGUAUUGCAAGAUACAAUUCUCAAACAGGUAGAACUCAAUGAAACAUUGGAACAUAUGAAAGCUUCAAAAUCACGUAAGAGUUUUUUCUGCAGGAAGUCCUAGGAACACAUCCGAGGGAUGUGCAAAUUUUUUUACAACUACCAGAAAUAUUUUGAAUAAAGUAAUUGCCAAUCAUCUGCAACCUUUCCUGUCACAAAUUCACGAGCACCCUUGAAUAGAAUACUUUGCCAAUACAUAUGAAGAAAUGGUCAACGUUAAUGGCUUAUUGCCAUUUUUGCUGUGAAGAUUCUUCAAGGUCAAGGGGCAGAAGGUUUACUGUAAUGCUCACUACAAGAGCAGGCUGUGAUUGGAACAAGUCUGGCUAUCGACUAUUUUGAAUUCUGAAUUACCAUUUUCCUCUUCCACGACUUGUUCUAAUUCUUAUUCAGCUAAGUGAUAUAAUCCUCUAGGAAUUGUAAAUUGGGUUGUUCUUAAGAAGUAUAGUGUAUUCGCAGAGCAUGCAUGCUUUUGUGGGACUGUGCACGCCUCUUAAAUUGAGUGGCCUGGCAAAGGAGACUUUCUCCUAGUCUGCCAUCAUUUGAAAGCUAUUUUUCAUUCUUGAUAUGUGUGUUAAUUAUUCCUUUACUGGACAUGGCUUGUUUUUCUUUA